AUGGGAGAGCGGUUCUUCAUAACAUUGAGAGAGUCAGACACCGGUUCGAGUACUACGCUAACUCUUGCGAAAGAGUUGGUAGAAACCACAUUAUUUCCUCGGUGGCCUGCAGAGCUCGUUCCCAAAGCCUGUUACAGCCAAACUCGUUUGAGAUGUUGGAUCUCUUUGAGAUCGAUACUGAAAUUACAACAGCUGUGGCUAUGA